AUGAGGACGUCCGCUCUGCUUGCCCUCACGGGCCUUGCCACGCUCAUCGGCGCAGCCCCGUCUCCUACCCGGCCUCAGGUUCACCCUCAUGUUGAGGCCCGUCAAGAGACUAACACCACGUCUGCACCGUGUGCCCAAGUCUCGCAAUUCAUGUACGGCGAUGGAACUACUGUUGUCAAACGUCAGGUUCCAGCAAAGAUCGCGUGGGACUGCAUCAACAGCGUUCCAUUCAAUGCAACAUCGGCCAAGAGACUCAUCCCCGCAAUUCGGCCGUACAUCAACUGGCAGAGUACACUCGCCUCACUGAAGAGUCCCCCUGCAGACUAUGCCGAAAAGGUCCAACCACCUAUUGACAUUCUUGGUGGUCUUGUCCAGAUUGAAGCUGAUAUCGAUGCUGGUCGUUUCACGAGCGAGUACGACUUUGGCUGGACUCUAUACACCCUGAUUCAAUCGGCCCACGAUGGCCACUUCUCUUACGUUCCAGACUCUGUCGGCAGCAUCUUUUCGUGGGGUCGUCCCAUGCCAUUGGUUUCCGUCUCCGAGGAUGGAACUCAGUUGCCCGCAGUGUUCGCAUUUGAAGACGUCCUGGGUCUGCAGUUCAAGAACAUCUCAUACACACCAUCUCCCGUCGUCGAAAUAGACAAUCUGGAAGCUACCGAGUUUCUUGAGACUGUGAGUCAAUAUGGCUCACUGCAGGACCGUGACGCAUUGUACAACAACGUCUUCUACGAGCUAGCGCAAGUCAGCUUGGCCGAUAGUGGCAGCGGAAGCGGAAUGUUCACGGGAGGAGGACGUGGACGAUGGGUUUAUCCUGGGGCCACCACGACGCUGAAGUUCGCCAACGGUACAGAGCGCGUUAUGGAGAACUACGCCAACGUAGUGAUCAAUUUCCGCAACGUCAACUCCGGCGAGGAACUAGGCAGAAAAUGGUUUAGCUGGGGCUCUGCUACAGAAGCGAUGGUCUUGUCACAGGAGGAGAUGAACACUACCCCAACAGUGUCGACUGCCGCCGUUGAGGCCAUCGCAGCUGCUGCGCCUGGAUAUCCCGCACCUAUUGUUGCGGGUCCAUCCAACUUGAUCAAUGGAUUCUUCAUUGAUGCUCCUGGCUACGAGGAUGUCGCGGUGCUACAGGUGCCAAACUUUGUAGGCAUUUCUUCCGCACAGGCUCGUUUCCAAAGCACAACUCAGGACUUCAUUCCCGCAGCGUUGGCAGCUGGUAAAACGAAGCUGAUCAUCGACCUCCAGGCUAACGGAGGAGGAACCAUCAUGCAAGGUUACGAUAUGUUCAAGCAGCUGUUCCCAGAUAUUGAUCCUUACGGUGCCAACCGUUUCCGUGCAACUGAGGCCGCUGAUCUCAUUGGCCAGUCGUACAGUGCGUAUAGUUCUCAACUUCCUCGAACCCCAGGCAGGAAUGCGACAGCCCAGUUGGUUCAGUCAUCUUACUUCGAUUACCACUCCGACAUGACUGUUGAUGAGAAGCCAUUCUCGUCCUGGCCAGAGAAGUUUGGCCCUGUGGAGGUGAAUGGAGACAAGUAUACUACACCCAACCGCUGGAAUCUCUCUGAUGUUUACAUCCCGUACGUUUCGGGCGGUAUCAACGUUACCGGAUACGGAAGUCUGUCCAAUGUUACUGGUCCACCUAAAUUUGCACCCGAGAACAUCGUCCUCUUGACGGACGGCUAUUGCGCCUCGACUUGCACCAUAUUCAGCGAGCUUAUGACGAAGCAGGCUGGCGUGAAAACCAUUGCUAUGGGUGGGCGCAGCAAUAAGGAUCGGAUCCAGGCCAUCGGUGGCGUCAAAGGCGUAAACAACUACCAGUACAGCUACAUUCAGAGUCUCGCCCAACGAGCUGUCACACUAAGCCCAACGCUGAGAAACUCUAGCCUGGGUCAGGGUUACUACAGCGACUUGCCCUUCAAUCGUGGCGGCGGCUCCAUGUCCAUCAAUGUCCGAGAUGGACUCGCUCUCAAUGACACCUCAGGGAUUGCAUUGCAGUUCGUAUAUGAAGAAGCUGACUGUCGCCUCUACUACACGCCUGAGAUGACAGUAGACAUCACGGCCGUAUGGAAGGCAGCUGCGAACGCGCAUUGGAGUGAUGGUAGCAAGUGCGUUUCUGGGGAUUAUAGUCAGAAGCGCAAUGCCCGUGAGAUGACGACGAAGCUGAAGCCGAGAGGUGUGCAUGUUUCCCGAGUCGUUGCUUUGAAGCAGGUGAAGGCGUUCGAAGACAGUUUCUCUCUGGAGACUCACACCGAGAUGAACGGCGAUGGCUUUAUGCAGCCGUAA